AUGUCGGCGCUCGCUGCCGAUCGGUGCCUGGUGCACGCUAACGGUGCGAGGGUGCGGCCUUGCAGGCAGCGCGCCUCGCAGCCGCGGCCGCGCGGCGGGUCCGCUUGCCGUGCAGGCACUGCAGAUGUUGCGCGCAGCUCCGUCCAGGUUCUUUCCGACGUUGCCGAAGCGGCCCAGACGUUCGAGCCGCGAGUGGACACGACGGUGCUGGGGGCACAGCUCGCCGUGCUGGGCCUCACGGCGGCUGCCGGGGCGUACUGGUGGUACGUGGUGGUGCCGAGCGAGCGGGCUGUGGUGGGCAGGAGCAAACGCAUGGGCGGGAUCAAGGAGUACCUGGACGACAUCGAGGGCGACGAGGAGCGCGGUCUCGAGCGCUGGGUCUACACCGACUGGCUCCGGCAGCGCCAGGAGCGCGCGAACCGCCGCGCCGCCUCGCAGGCCCGCCGCGCGAUGGACGCUGCCACGGCGCGCAGCGAAGAGGUCGAGCGCGCCAGCCUGGCGGCGGAGAACGGGGGCGCCGAGGACGAGGUGCCGGAGGGGUACACGACGAAGGACGCGCCGGAGGAGUCGCUGCUCAAGCCGGCGUACGAGACGCCGAUGCCGGCGUUUUUCUCCCUCGACAACCCUCUCGUGACGACGACGCUGCUGGUGGGCGCGGGCGUGGCGAUCUCGGCCCUCACACGCGGCGCGAGCUAG